GGAAGUGCGCGGAGAGUGGACGCGCUGGAAUUGGAAGCAGUUCCGCUCGCUGCAAACAGACGUGGCAUAAGAACCGUUGGUUUGAUCCGAUCAACGCUGUCGUUUAUUAAUUAUCAUUGAUUCGUUUUAGAUCGGGAUUAUGGCCUCCGGUGCGGGCAAAUGGGAGGUGGUGAAGAAAGGAAAGAAACAAAACAGCAGCGGCAGCUCCGGAGGAAAAACUCAGGACAAGAAAUCAGCCCGGAAAGCGCUGAGUGAGGCCAACACGAGACACACUGACAGCAACCACGUGAUGUCUGAGACCAUAUUUGACGGCUUUGAGAAGAUGGUGAAGAAGCAGAACAAGGAGCAGUUUCCUCCUCUGGCCGAAACCCAGCAGAAGAAGCCCAACGCGGGGAAACAGAGCAAAAAACCUCCAGCCAACAGCAGCACCAAACCCACACGCUACAAGACGCUGGAGGAGGCCGUCAAAGCUCUGGACGUGGUGGAGCUGAAGCAGCAGCUGGAGAAAAGUCAGAGUCUGUUUCCUGAGAAUCCGUCCGUCUGGGUGAAGGAUCUCGCCGGAUACCUGAACUACAAACUCCCGGCGCCAGACGCCGACCCCACGCUCAGCAGCUACGCACACGAUUACCCAUACUGCCUCGCUGGUAAGGAGCUGAGGGCCGUUAUCAGAAACCUGCUAGGCAAAUGUUCAGAGGCGCUGCCCGAGUUGUUCGACCACUGCGUGUACACAAUGCUGCGAGAACAGGACCGACAGCCCGGUGAAUCUCUGCAUGGCUACAGGAUGUGCAUUCAGGCUCUCAUGCAGGACAAACCCAAAAUCGCCACGCUGAACCUGCCUGACCACCUGGAGCUGCUGCGCUCGCAUCAGAACCGGCCGGUCAAGUGUCUGACCAUCAUGUGGGCUCUGGGACAGGCGGGAUUCUACGACCUCGGUCAGGGCAUCAGAGUUUGGCUGGGGAUCAUGCUUCCUGUUCUCGGGGUGAAGGCUCUGUCUGCGUACGCCAUCGCGUAUCUGGAGCGGCUCCUCACUCUUCAUGCCAACCUGACCAAAGGCUUCGGGAUCAUGGGGCCGAAGGAGUUCUUCCCGCUGCUGGACUUUGCUUACAUGCCCAAAAACGCCCUGUCCCAGAGUCUACAGGAGCAGUUGUGUCGUCUUUACCCGCGGCUCAAGGUCCUGGCGUUCGGAGCCAAACCCGAAGUGACGCUGCACACGUAUUUCCCCUCCUUCCUGUCACGAGCCACGCCGAACUGCCCUGACACCAUGAAGAAAGAGCUCCUCAGGAGUCUGACAGAGUGUCUGACGGUCGACGGUCAGAGUUUGAGCGUGUGGAGGCAGUUAUACACCAAACACCUGCCACAGUCCAGUCUUCUGUUGAAUCACCUGCUGAAAUCGUGGAACACGCUUCCACCGAAGUUGCAGAAAAACCUUCAAGACACCAUCCAGUCAUUCAGAGUGACCAACGACGAGCUGCAGAGCAGCACAAACACACAACACAUCAAUGACUGCAACACCCUCUGCCACUCUCUGCAGCUGAAGAUGCACGGUCAGGGUUUCCCGUGGUGGCGCGUGCUGAUGAUGGCGCUGGUGUUCGUCGCGGGCUUCGUCGCGCAUGACGUGAGGUCGCAGGGGUCGUUCGCCAACUCCACCACAGCGCUGUAUCUGGAGAGGUCAGGGGUCACGGCCGUAUCCCAGCAGGCCUGGAGUAAAGUGUCGCACUACGGCCAGCAGGGCGUCAGCUGGCUGGCGGAGAACACGCCGUAUUAUUACUCGCGUGCGGUGGAGGCCACGGGACCCCUGCUGGAGGGCGCACGGGACCGGAUGAAGGUGGCGGCGCUCUUCGUCGCUCAGAAGAGCUCUGAACUCUUCCUGUGGCUCCAGGAGAACGUACCGCUUGUCAUAGAAUGGGUCCAAGCGAACACUCCAGACAGCGUGUUUGAGUUCAUCGAGUAUGUGAAGCAGCUGCUGCUGUACGUCCACGAGCGCGUCAUCGUCCCGUCGCUGCAGUAUCUGAACACGGCGCUGCAGCACGCCUGGAGGAGCCUGCAGGAGUCCUGCAAUGGCGAGGUGUCGCUCCACUGCUUACAGAAUCACCUGAGAUCCUUCACCAACAGCACCUGGAUUUACCUGCAGGACGCCACGUCUGCCGCCAAGAGCCGAGCGCAGGAGCUGCUGUCGCGAGUGUGAUUCGAACGUCGAACAGACCCUUCUUCACCUCAGAGUUCCUUUUUUGUUUGUUUGUUUUUUUUGUUUUGUUUUGCUUUAUUUUGUCAACUUGCAUGAUUUUAUAUCUGUUGUACUGACGGUUUUGUCUUUUAUGCAGAUGUUUUUCAUGGUGUUUAUUUUACGAGGCGAUGAGGCGUGUUCUUUAGCUCCGUGUGGAUCACUAAUGACUACUGCUGCUGCCUGAGCUCUGUACUUGAACACUGAACGUUAAUGUGACGCCCCUCUGUGUGAUUGAGCUGACGGACGAUUUACCGUCCGUCUCGUGUGACGCGACGCGAACGGAGUCGGACCCACCCGCGUCUUCUGCUUUCGGGCCGUGGACUCCGGAAUAACAGGGUUGCUACAGGAACCACAUUGUUAAAAUACAAUGUAUUUUUUGAAGCAGGCGUGUGUCCUGUCACAUGAGCUGAUUUGUUACUUUGUAAAUGAUUUAUAAAUAAAUAAAACCAAUGCUGUUCA